GUCUCUAGUGAGUGACAUCCUUAUUCUAAUCAGAGAUUCUCCUCCUCAGAAGUUUUGUAACAGAUUUGCAAAAUGAUGACCGUGUCUCUGAUCUGGGGGAUUGUUUUGGCAGUGUGCUGUUGUUUAUGGCUGGUUCUUGGAAUAAGAAGAAGGCGAAAGGGUGAACCACCUCUAGAAAAUGGGUGGAUUCCGUACCUGGGCUGUGCUCUGCGAUUUGGUGCCAAUCCUCUUGAGUUCCUCAGAGCAAAUCAAAGAAGACAUGGUCAUGUUUUUACCUGCAGACUAAUGGGAAAAUACGUCCACUUCGUCACAAAUCCCUUGUCAUACCAUAAGGUGUUGUGCCAUGGAAAAUACUUCGAUUGGAAAAAAUUUCAUUUCACUACUUCUGCGAAGGCGUUCGGGCACAGAAGCAUUGAUCCCAGCGAUGGUAAUACCAGUGAGAACAUAAACGACACUUUUGUCAAAACCCUGCAAGGCCAUGCCCUGAAUUCCCUCACAGAAACCAUGAUGGAAAACCUCCAACGUACGAUGAGGCCUCCAGCCCUCCCUAAGUCAGAGGCCGCGGCCUGGGCCACAGAAGGGAUGUAUUCCUUCUGCUACCGAGUGAUGUUUGAAGCCGGGUAUUUGACGCUCUUCGGCCGAGAUCUUACAAGGCAAGACUCCAGAGCACACAUGCUAAAUAAUCUGGACAAUUUCAAGCAAUUUGACAAAGUGUUUCCGGCCCUGGUGGCUGGCCUCCCCAUUCACUUGUUCCAGGUGGCGCACAGGGCCCGGGAGCAGCUGGCCCACGGCCUGAAGCAUCAGCACCUGCAGCAGCGCCACCGCGUCUCGGAGCUGGUCAGCCUGCGCAUGCGCCUGAACGACACCCUGUCCACCUUCGACGACCUGGAGAAGGCCAAGACGCACCUGGCCGUCCUCUGGGCGUCGCAAGCGAACACCAUUCCGGCGACUUUCUGGAGCUUAUUUCAGAUGAUUAGGAACCCUGAAGCAAUGAAAGCAGCUACUGAAGAAGUGAACAGAACCUUAGAGAAUGCUGGUCAAAAAAUCAGCCUUGACGGCAAGCCUAUUUGUUUGAAUCAAAUGCAACUGAAUGACCUGCCAGUACUAGAUAGUAUCAUCAAGGAAUCUCUGAGGCUUUCCAGUGCCUCCUUGAACAUCCGGACAGCUAAGGAGGAUUUCACUUUGAGCAUUGAGGAUGGUUCCUAUAACAUUCGAAAAGAUGACAUCAUAGCUCUUUAUCCGCAAUUGAUGCACUUAGAUCCUGAAAUCUAUCCAGAUCCUUUGACUUUUAAAUAUGACCGAUAUCUUGAUGAAAAUGGGAAGACAAAAACUACCUUCUAUAGUAAUGGACUCAAGUUAAAGUAUUACUAUAUGCCCUUUGGAUCAGGAGCUACAAUAUGUCCUGGAAGAUUAUUUGCUGUCCAUGAAAUCAAGCAAUUUUUGAUUCUAAUGCUUUCCUAUUUUGAACUGGAGUUUGUGGAGAGCCACGUUAAAUGUCCUCCUCUGGACCAGUCUCGUGCAGGGUUGGGCAUUUUACCGCCCUUAAAUGAUAUAGAGUUUAAAUAUAAAUUCAAACAUUUAUGAAUAUGUGGUUGAAAAAGAAAACACUAGGUAAUAUUACAGGACUGCAGACACCAUCACUAAACAGCUCCUUUGGACAAACGUGCUUAUAGUGGUGGAAAUGAUUCAGCAAGGCCAAUUCCGUUCACCAAAGCUGGCUUUGAAUCUUACCAUUUUGAUAGCAAUUUCCAGAUGCUAUCUUAGACUGUGCUAGCAUAGAACUGGGUUCUAGGGGCACAGGAAUUCAGUUUUAUUUAUAAAUUAAUGAAUGUUCACAUAGCCAGGGACUGAACUUCAUCAUUAUUUUCAGAGAAAACACCUUUUUUCUUUCAAAAUAAGGAUAUGUAUUUCAAUUGGCAGAAUUUCUUUUUUCCUAAGGAAAACUGCUUUAUUUUUAUAAAAAACAUUCAACAAUUACGAAAAAAGCUUCAAAUUCACGUUUUAGUGAAACUGCAUUAUUUUUUAACUAGAUGGGUUUCUUCCAAUGUAAUCAUAUAUCACAAAGGAUAUUUUGAAGGAUUGUAUCAUGCUUUUUAAUAAAAAGGAAAUAUUUUCAGCUUUCUCUGUAUUCAGGAUAGCCAGGGACUGAACUUCAUCAUGCUUUUAAAAUGAUGAUCUUGCUGUCCUGAAAACAUUAAAGGUGGUUUUAACAUUUUCUCUUUAUGUUUUAAUUUAUUGUUGCUAGAAACGCUAUGGUAUCAACUAACUUACCUAUAUUUUUAUUUGAUUCCAUGUUAGUGAAAAUCCAGAGAUUAAAAAAUCAGUUUUUCUGUCCUUAAUAAAUAUGCACCAUUGAAAAGAAUGUAGAACUUAUGUGAUAUGUACAUUUUAAAAUUAAAACAGGAUACAAAUUACCAUUUAAAACUUUGGUUAUGAGACAUUCAGAGUUCAUUAAGUGCAGCUUGACAUUGUAUUUUAUUUAAGUGCUUUUUAUCUCUAAAUGACUUGCAGUUAAAAGAAAAUAGGUUAAGGCCAUAUAAAUGUUUGCAUACUGUGUUUAAUAAUGUUUUUGUAAAAUAUUUUAGGUAUUAGAGUUAUCAACAAUGAUAUUUUAAUUGACAUUUCUGGAUGUAUUUAUAUGUAAAUUAUAUUUACCUUUUUUCUUGUACUACAGAUGUUAAGAAAAUAUUCUAACAGUUGGUCAUUUGGAAAUGAUUCAUCUUUCAGAAAUAAAAGUAUGAAUGUGUAUGCUUUAAAUUGUGAAAUAUUCAGAAUGUUAAACCAUUCACCUAUUGAUAAGCUAAAAUAAUUUUAUCCAGAAUUCAUUCAAAAUAUUUAUAUUUUUGAAUAUUUCAAAAAUAAUCAAAGUAAUCAUUUACUCAAAUAUCUCCUUCAUACUACAUACAAUGCACUUAAAAUUUUUAAACUUGCUAUUUAAAUAGGUUAUUUUUCUGUAUAAAGAAAAUAUAACUCAUUUAGAUGUGUUUCAAGAUCAAUAAAAUUCUGUUUUAUGGCAGACUGUUACAAACUAAAUUUCCUAAGUGUUUUCCUAGUAGACUGUAUGACUUUCUGAAUGCAUCCGUACAUCUCCCCGUAUCUUUUGGAUACCAAGAUUUGCCAGUCGAUAGCCCACAGACCAAGGUUGCCCUCCUUUGUAUAGCCUGAACACUAAGAAUGGUUUUUACAUUUGUAAAUGGUUGAAAAAAAAUCAGAAGGAUAUUUCAUGACAUGAGAGAAGUAUAUGAAAUUCAGAUCUCCACACCCAUAAAGUAAAGUUGAAUUGAGACACAGUGUGCCCAUAGAGACAUUAUUGUCAAUGGCUGUGCUGGUGGGGCAAUUGCAGAGCUGAGUAGUUGCAACAAAGACCACAUGGCCACAAAGCCUAAAAUAUUUAAAAUGUGGUCUUUUACAGAAAAUGUUUGCCAACCCCUAUUGCAUAGCAAUCUCAGAAGGAUAUAUAUAUAAAUAUAUAAAAAGAAAUAUAUAUAUAUUUUUUUUUUGAGACAGCAUCUCACUAAGUCACCCUUAGUAAAGUGCUGUGGUGUCACAGCUCACAGCAACCUCAAACUCUUAGGCUCAAGUGAUUCUCUUGCCUCAGCUUCUCGAGUAGCUGGGACUACAGGUGCCCACCACAAUGCCCGGCUAUUUUUUGGUCGCAGUUGUCAUAGUUGUUUAGCUGGCCCUGGCCAGAAUCAAACCCACCAGGCUGGGUGUAUGUGGCUGGCACCGUAACCACUGUGCUGCGGGCAUUGAGCCUCAAAAGAAUAUUUUUACUAUAAUUUUAUUAACUUAAAAAGAUGCAUUGGUAUAUGAAUUUUUUUUUUUUUACUAAUGAAUGUUUUUGAAACAAGUCUCCUGAAACCAAAAUAUAGAAUUCUUUUUUAAAAAAUUUCAGAUCAUAAUUUUUAUGGGAAUACAUACAUUUUGGUUACAUAGUUUGCCUUUAUGGUUAAAGUCAGAGUUAAAGGUAUGUCCUUCAUACAAAAUGUGCAAUAUAUCAUACAAUGCAUCUGUUAGGUGGGAAUUUACCCAUCCCCUUCUUCCCUUCCACACUACUUGAAUGUCAUUAAAUUUUGCUUCCCUACAGGUAUAUAGGUUAUUGAUCAACUAGUUCCAAUUUAGUACUGAGUGAAUGUGGUAUUUGUUUUUCCAUUCUUGUGAUACUUCACUUAGGAGAGUGGUCUCCAAUUCCAUCUAGGUUAUUACAAAAGAUAAUAGAGCUCCAUCUUUUUUAUGGCUGAAUAAUAUUCUGUGGUAUACAGAUACCACAAUUUAUUAAUCCAUUUAUGUGUUGAUGGGCACUUGUGUUGU